AUGAGUUGCUCCUGCUACCAGCCUGCUACGCCCCCUCUACCAAAUGAAUCCCCGUCCGAUGAAAGUACCCAAAUCGACGUGGGAAAUCAAAUUUGUUUGAACGUGAAUGAUGAAGUCAGUACAGUACGAUGCAAUCCUGGGGCUGUUGAAGCCAGCAGCUUGGAUGUGACCGUAGAUGACGGGUAUGACAAGGAUGGCGCGACACGAGACGGGAGUUGUCAAGAUGAUUGCUGUGGCAGCGUCUCGGCCAACACCAGAAGUGAGGAAGCCCAAAAUGAGAAUAACCAUAUUCUGCCCUCCCUCCAAUGUCCGGCAACUGCCUGCCGUGACAAUAAUCGCUCUGGUUCUUCCCAACAAAAGACUGGCCCAGGAAGUUGCUGCGAUGAUCAGCCUUCGGAGACCUUUUGCAACACGGAUGUCUCACCCCCUGGUGACUUGGCCUGGGAAGAUUCCGAAGAAGGCCUUGCCAUUGAAGCUAGCGAGGGAACGGCCAAUACUUAUUUGCGCGCGCAUUUCCCAAAAUGCUGCUCGAGCACCCUUUCAUCAAGCAACUCUGCUCCAGCCGAAUUGAAAGAACCAGAAUGUUGCAGUGGCGUGCCUACCCCAUGCUGCGACGAGACUUGUCUGGAUCGCUUGGCUUUACGCAAGUGUCAUACAGGUAUGGACAUCCAGCGCGUUGAAGCCACUCAACAAGCUGAGACAUUGAAAUCAGUGCCGAAUAAGGGUGAUGCCCCCCAACGCAGAGCCUGCGAUCAUCAUCGACGUGCUGUCCGCGAACAGUAUGCCGCUACACUAGCAACUCUAGGAUGUAUCUGCCGUGCUCUUAUUGCUCUAAGCAAGGAGACAUGUUGCCUUCCUCGAGGGAUGCCUUCGCCAUUGAGGAAACGAAGCUCCAGAGAACCGCUGAAAGGGCCCAAAGCGACGCAAACGUCCGGCUCUGAGAACGGGUUUGUGGAGAGCUGCUCUGGUGAGUCUCACUGCAAACCUAAAAGCUCUUGUUCUGGGGACAAAGUUUCUGCCCUUUGCAACUCUGAAAGUCCAUUACGUGCCAGUACCAAAUCCCCGAAGCUAGUUCAGGUAGCCUGCACCGGGGUGGAGAGCAAGAACAGUGAGACGAUGGCCUCUGACCUGAAGAGACAAAACACUGGCGCCGAGCAUGUCAUUCUCUCGGUUUCUGGCAUGACUUGCACUGGUUGCGAGACGAAACUCAACAGAACUUUAGCUAUAGUGUCAGGUGUCAGGAAUGUAAAGACGAGCCUCAUCUUGUCCCGUGCAGAAUUCGACUUGGAUCUCAAUAUGUCGAGUGUCAAAUAUGUGAUGAAACAUCUACAGCGUACUACAGAGUUUCAAUUUGAUGUGAUCACCAGCAGCGGAUCGAGCAUGGAUAUCAUUACGUCUGAGGAUCUGUCAACGUUCGUCAAUCGGCCAUGGCCAGAAGGCGUGACAGACGUAUCUGCCGUCAACAAGGACGAAAUUCGCGUUUCUUUUGAUCCAGAGCUUGUCGGGGCACGCGACCUCAUAGAGAAACAUUGGGCAGGGGUUGCGAGGCUAGCGCCUACCCGCGACGAUCCAGCUCUUGGGGCUGGAAAAAAGCAUGUCCGUCAUGUCGGAUAUAUCACACUGUUUUCUGUGAUUCUUACCAUUCCAGUCUUGGUCUUGACGUGGGCUCCGAUUCCCGAGCGAGAAAUACCCUACAACUCUACAUUAUUGGCUCUGGCAACGCUAGUUCAAGUUAUGGUUGCAGGCCCCUUUUACCCAAAGGCGCUGAAGGCUCUUAUCCUUUCGAAGGUCAUUGAGAUGGAUCUCCUUGUUGUUUUGAGCACCACUGCAGCUUAUGUCUUUUCCCUUAUCUCGUUUGGCUACCUCGUUGCUGGCAACCCGUUGUCAACAGGCCAUUUUUUCGAGACCAGCACACUUUUGGUCAGCUUAAUCAUGGUUGGGCGUUAUGUUGCCGCACUUGCCCGUCAGAAAGCAGUCGAGUCAAUCUCUAUUCGAUCACUUCAGAGCCAAAAUGCUGUCCUGGUGGACGGUUUCAACUCGUUCGAGGGUAGGGACAUCGACGUCAGGCUUUUGCAAUACGGGGACAUUUUUAUGGUGGCCCCCGAUACAAGGAUUCCGACGGAUGGUACCAUUGUGUCUGGCUCAUCUGAAGUGAACGAGUCAAUGCUCACUGGGGAGUCUCAUCCUGUCGAGAAGGGCCCUCAAUCCCGCGUUAUGGCAGGGACGAUUAGUGGCUCAGGAACUUUACAUGUUCGGGUCACUCGACUGCCCGGCGACAACACCAUCACCGCUAUCGCUGCAAUGGUGGAUGAAGCUAAGCUAUCCAAACCAAAGAUGCAAGAGCUGGCAGAUAAAGUGGCUUCUCACUUUGUCCCUGUCAUUGUGGCCCUGGCCAUUGCUACGUUUGUCGUCUGGAUUGCAGUUGGUGUGGCGGUCCAAGGUAAGACCGGUUCGGAAGCUGCCGUCCAGUCCAUCACCUACGCCAUUACCGUGCUUUUUGUCUCCUGCCCCUGUGCUAUUGGCCUCGCCGUUCCCAUGGUGGUUGUCUUCGCGAGCGGUAUUGCGGCAGAGCAAGGAGUGAUCUUUAAGUCCGCUGAUGCCAUCGAAGUAGCCUAUAAGGCGUCUCACGUGGUUUUUGACAAAACAGGAACUCUGACCAAGGGCAACCUAAGUGUAGUCGUCGAACACUGUCUUGAGAACGGUGAAACACAACUGCUCUUCCUCCUAGGCCUCAUCAGCAACAAUAAGCACCCGAUCUCUGUGGCAGUUGUUGACCACCUAAGGCGCAAUGAAGUUAUUACAACGGCUUUCCCAGGAGUCAAAAGUCUGACCGGCCGAGGCAUGGAGGGUGAGGUGGCUGGGCAAACGAUGCGGGGGGGAAACUCUCGCUGGCUAAAUGUUCAAAACCACCCACUGGUACAGCAAGUGCUUCUCCAGGGCUAUACUGCGUUCUGUUUUACCAUCGACGGUGUAUUGUGUGCAGUCUCUGGCCUCGAGGACUCUCUCAGGGAUGACGCAUGUCAGGUCGUCACAACUCUACUAAGACGGAAUGUGUCAGUCCAUGUGGUAUCGGGUGAUGAUGCCGAGCCCAUUCAAAAAGUAGUAUCGAUUUUAGGGAUUCCAGAUAGGAAUGUCCAAGCUCACAGCUCUCUAUCUGACAAGCAGUCCUACAUUAAGAAUCUUCUGGGAGACUCAGUGAAUGUUAAGGAGCCCGUUGUCAUCUUUUGCGGAGAUGGAACCAACGACGCCGUCGCGUUAGCGCAGGCAACUGUCGGCGUCCACAUGAGUACAGGCAGCGACAUUGCGCAAGCUGCCGCCGAUGUGGUGUUAAUGAGGCCAGCUCUAUCCGGAGUUAUUACUGUGAUGGAUACGAGCAAAGUUUCUGUACGGCGCAUCAAAUUUAACUUCGGGUGGAGUUUCAUAUACAACACAUUUGCCGUGCUUCUUGCUGCUGGGGCGUUCGUGAAAGCUAGGAUUCCCCCUGAAUAUGCUGGGCUGGGUGAACUUAUCAGUGUGUUGCCUGUCAUUAUCGCUGCAGCUCUUUUGCGAUGGACCAAGAUCUAG